AUGUGUUUAGUAACAUUUGCCACUGGUCUGUCAAUUCUGAACAUAAACGUGUACCACAGAGGAGAGAGAGGAAAUCCUAUUUCAAAAACGUUGAAACGGAUUGUAAAUAUUCUGUCGGGGGUUUUUCCAUUUUCUCGCAUCAAUAAUUCUUCAAAUGAAAAAGUUAUAAAGAUUUUUUGGAAAAAUCAAGUGAGUACAGUAGGCGUUACAUUCCCAAAUUAUCACCCAAAUUUAUCACAAAGGCGUCUUCUACAAGUUGGAAAUAUUUCUAGGAAAUAUUCCAAAGCAGAUGAUAACGCAGAGCGACUUACACGAGAUCUUUUUUCCAAUUACGACGUAAAUAUCAGAGCUGCAGUAAAAUUUUCGAAAUCUACUGCUGUAAAUUUCACACUUUUCUUACAUAGUUUGAUUGAGGUUGACGAAAAAAAGCAAAUUCUAGUCACGGAUUCUUGGAUUUUAGCUGAAUGGGUUGAUUACAGAUUACAAUGGAAUGUAUCAGAAUAUGGCGGAUUAAAAUCACUUAUGAUCCCUUCGGAAAAUAUUUGGAAACCCGAUAUUAAGUUACACAAUACUGCUAAUAGAAAAUCGAAUUCGAUGCAAAUAGCUACAUUCGCAAAUGUUUCUAACAAAGGUGAAAUUUCAUUUUAUCAACAGGGCAUCUUUUAUACUUACUGCAAAAUGGAUAUUAGUUAUUUUCCAUUUGAUACACAAACUUGCUCUCUUCUGUGGGAAUCUUGGUCAUACGAUAGUACAGAGAUUGAAUUGACCCCUCAAAAAAAGGUGGGCUUAGUAUUGUACGAAGAUAGUGGGGAAUUUGAAGUAACAUAUUUUAAAUCGUCAAAACGUUUGGUACUGAAUGGAUCCAAAUAUUACUGGGUCGCCGAAUACACAUUGAGACUUCGAAGAAGGCCUUUGGCUUAUGUUUUUAAUCUAAUCAUUCCUUGUGGAUUAAUUAACGCAGUUGCUCUGUUAGUUUUCUAUAUGCCAUCACAAACAGGUGAAAAAGUAACACUGGGUAUUAACUGUUUAGUCUCAAUGACAGUGUUUCUAAUAAACAUUAAGGAUUCGCUGCCAUCUACAGGAACCAUAUCAAUAAUUAGUGAGUACUUUUUACUUUAUUACCUUGGAGAAGAAAUUGUUGAAUAA